AUGGCUCCAAAUCGAAGGCAAAGAUACACAGCUUUUGAAUUUACUCGCCAGGAAAGCCUGGACGACACAUACCAAUCCGACCACCAAUCCGACUACGAAUCCGACUCGCUCAACGACGCGGAGCAAUACGAAACCAACAAGAACGAGCUUAAUACCCGCGAGCCAGAGACGAGAGAUGCAGGGCUUCGUGCGCAAGACAAGAGUGGAAAAGUAGUGUUCAUAAAAAAGGGAGCGAAGGCCAUUGAGAAACAAGCCACUGCGGAGAUAAAUCCGCCCCGAUUCAUGGAUCCGGGUCCGGAACACGUGUGGAAGAUGAAGAUAGAGGAACAAGUCGCAAUCAAGGAUUCAUGGGAAAAAAUCGACGAAGAGGAUGCGCCGGUGCCAAAAACUUGGCUCCCGAAGAGGUUCCAAGAAUACCCCGAAGACGCUGAGAGCGAAAUUGACCCGGAAAUGGCAGACAACCCCGCGUAUCUUCGUCAAAUAAUAAGAUCAAUGGCGAAACAGUACGCGCGUUGUCGUGCGGAGCUGAAAGAAGAAGAGGCGUUCAGAAUCAGGGCUGAAUGGGAACGCAACAUGGCCCAGAGGAAGGCGAAGCGUUACUGGUCUUACUCUAUCCACGUCACCGAAACUGUCGCACUUCCAAUCUACAACACUCAACAAAUCGAAGACGUGAAGCUUCGAAAGCGCAAGAAAGCUGUUGCUAAACGCGAACGGGCCGUCAAACUAGACCGACUUGCGCAACAAAGCGAGCAAGCCGAUUACGAAGUGGCAAUGGAGCACCUUCGUAAUGAGGUAAUUGAGACGAAGAAGAACCUCAACGCGCUACGUGACGAUGUUCUUGAAAAUGACGCCAUCAAAAAGUGCCUUCGAAAGGACGUCAUGGCUGAACUAGAGACGGACAUGAUGGAAGAGCGAACAAGAUGGCAAGCGUCGCAAAAUCAGAAGCGCCAGGAGCUCAAUCGCGAGAGGGAAGAAUUCGAUCUCGAACGCAAUGCCUCGAAAGAGAAAAAGGAACUCGCCACUGUCCAGGCUGUCAGGAGCGACUUGAUAGAUCAAGGCUACGAGCGAGGCUUGGCUGUAGGCAAGAGAUUCACCGCCGUAGAGCAAUACUUGAGAGGCUAUCACUUCGGCGAAAGGAAUGCGAACAAAAAGACGUCAAAGCAAUGGCUCCAACAAAGGUACCAGGAGGGCAUGAAAGCGGGACAAGAAGAGAUGUCCAAGAAGCGCGACCUGGAAAUGGAAAAAUUCAUGGAAGCAUUCUUGAAAGAAGUCGCCCAUACGAGAGAUGAUGCCAUCCGUAGAACGGAGGAACGACUGGCGGAAAAGUUCCGAGUGUGGAUGCAGGAGCGAGAGACAGCUAUCCGUCGUAACUCGCGCGCUUAUGGCCUGUAUGAGGGAACAAUCACUCAAAUCCGCCGCCAGAACAACGUCGAAGGCUCUGAACACGAAGAAGAUGCCUUGGCCACGAUCAUUGCCACUACCAUGGCGGAUCAAGUCGUCACUGCUUCUUACACGAAUCAGGACCAGAAGACCUGUUGGCGUAACACAAUCAACGAAGAGUCGCCUUUAUGGAUGAAUUCCAAGGUCGUGGAGAAGUCGAAAUUUUAUGAGGCUCUGCACCCGAAGCUGACAAAAGAAUUCCAAAAAGCAACGCAUCGAUUCGAACUUGCAAAACAAGAACAAGAGAAGCAGAAGCAAGCUCACGCUGCUCGGGUAGAGAAUGAAUGGGCCGCUCGCGACGCUACCGCGCAACGGGAAGAAGGCGAAUUUGUACCGGUGAAAUCGGGCGCUCCUGCCCCGUAUCGUCACCGACUCCUGUUCAUCGUCGAGGAACCUCUCGAGGCCGAUGAAGCUCAAGAGAUGUCCGAUAAGGAUAUGGUGGCUACCUUCUUGAAGAAUAUACGAGACCAAUAG